AUGGCUCAACUCCUGAACAGCAUACUCAAUGUGAUCAAAGUAUUCCAGAUAUAUGCCAAAGAGAACUGUGCUUCACUAUCCAAGAAUGAAUUGAAGCAGCUGCUCUUAACUGAAUUUGGAGACAUUCUCCGGAGACCAAAUGACCCAAAGACUGUGGAAACCAUUAUGAACCUCUUAGAUCAAGACUUAAAUGGACAGGUGGAUUUUCAAGAAUACCUCUUGUUGGUGUUCCAGUUGGUCCAAGCCUGCCAUCGAAAGCUAGGUAAUAAAUCAUGUGGACAUGAAACCUCCCAGCAGGAAGAGGGGCAGGAAAUAACACAUGACACAGGCAGACAACACAGGCAGAAGCGUGAGGGAGAAAAGCAGAACUCCUACCACAGACAAAGUCAGGAUGCCCAACACAAUCAAUCUGAGAGAAAAGAUAGGGAGUCCCACUGUGGGCAAACUGAGAGACAGGGCCAGGAUUUUAGCUAUGAUCAAUUAGAGAAACAAGAUAGGGAUUUCCACCAUGACAGACAGAGUCAGGGUUCCCACUCUGGUCAGACAGACAGACAAGCUCAGGGUUCUCAUUAUGGUCAGACAGACAGACAAGUUCAGAGUUCUCACUACAGUCAGAGAGACAGCCAAGACCAGGGUUCUCAUUACAUUCAGACAGACAGAAAAAGCCAGGGUUACCACUCUGGUCAGACAGACAGACAAAGCCAGGGUUACCACUCUGGUCAGACAGACAGACAAGGUCAGGGUUCCCACUAUGGUCUGACAGACAGACAAGGUCAGGGUUCUCACUAUAGUCAGACAGACAGACAAGGUCAGGGUUCUCAUUAUGGUCAGACAGACAGACAAGUUCAGAGUUCUCACUACAGUCAGAGAGACAGCCAAGACCAGGGUUCUCAUUACAUUCAGACAGACAGAAAAAGCCAGGGUUACCACUCUGGUCAGACAGACAGACAAAGCCAGGGUUACCACUCUGGUCAGACAGACAGACAAGGUCAGGGUUCCCACUAUGGUCUGACAGACAGACAAGGUCAGGGUUCUCACUAUAGUCAGACAGACAGACAAGGUCAGGGUUCCCACUAUGGGCAGUCACAGACUAGGGAAACUGAAAUACAAGGACAAAAUAGAUAUUGCCAAGGGACUCAAGGAACAGGAAGAGACUCAGAUGUUGAGCAAUCAGGAAAGUUAGGGAGGCAUAGUCAACAGACUCCAGGACAGGAAAUGAAUCAAAACCAGAGACAGGAAUUCCAGUCCAGGGAGGAGCAAAAGAAUAGCUACCAGCCAUGGAAGCCUGAGGCAGAUAACCAACAUCACCAACACAAACUCUUAGUACAAAUCCAACAAGAAAGGGCAUUCUCUCAUGCAGGGCACUCAGGCAGUAGUGAGCAGAGCCACAGACAGGUCCAGAACAGGCAAAGCCAGGAUGAGGAACAGAGUCACAAAGCAGAGCAAAAACAUCAUCAAAGCUGGGAUAGACACAGCCAUGAGGAUCAGGAAGGUCCUUGUGAGGCACAGGACAGAAGAAGCCAAGAACAGGAAAAACACCAUCGAACAAGGGACAGACAAACCUCUGAAGAUGAACACAACAGUCAGAGACAAAAGAGACAAACUCAAAAAGAGGAUCAACACCAUCAACAGCAACAGGAUAAACAAAACCAUGAGAAGAAAGACAGAUAUCAGGGGUUCCAGGAUCAACAAUCCCAAGGAUCCCAGCAAGGUUAUACUAACAGAGAAAAAUUCCAUAUGAAUGAGGAUAACUACAGCCAAAGCUCCCAAGGAAGACAAUUCCAUUCAACCCACAGCAGUAGGAGACCCCAAAGAAGAGAACAGGUUCACCCUACCAAGACAGCUGAUGGUCUCAGCCCCUUCUAUGCCUAUGUACAAGAGCUGAAACGACAUCAAUACUAG